AUGGCAACUCGGACGAAACACGUGACGAAAUUACGUGUGGAGGGGUCGGGCCACUACGAGACUACGGCAUCACUUUCGCUUCAUGUCCAUCCACCUUUUCCUGAGGCCGAUUCCAACAGAGUAAAGGGUGCUUUCACAUAUCCCGAUUACGUCCCUGUCCUCGGUGAAAUUGUUGCUGAUGUUGAGAACACUCUUAUUAAGCCCUCAGCAGGACAGAAGAAGGCUCCCACCGACGCUCUAAUGCCUCAGCGACCAGGAUUCGGAACCCAAGGACGAAAGGUAAUGCUGUGGGCAAAUUCCUUCCCCCUGGCGUUUAAGGACGAUGUUCAGUUGCACCGAUACAGCGUCAAUAUCUUACCUGGUGAUGAGCGGAGCAAGGUACCUACCGGAAAGAAGAUGAAGAGGGUUGUCCAGUUACUGCUUGACGACCAUUUUCCCGGCAAGAAGCUUGAGAUCGCGUCCGAUUUCAAGUCUAACCUCAUCAGCGCGACUAAGCUUGAGCUCAAUGAUGCUGGUUAUAGGGUUCUGUAUCGUGGCACGCUUCGUGCGUCUGAGCUUGUCAACUAUCUGACAUCCACGGGUGCCGGCGCGUUGCUCAGUUCCAAAGACGAGACUAUCCAAGGCCUGAAUAUUGUUAUAGGCCACACUCCGGAGGCCGCCAUCGGUAUCUUAUCUGUCGGCUCCAGCAAGCACUUCCGACUAGCUACUGCUGAGAAGAUGGAUCUUGGUGGUGGUUUAACAGCGCUCCAAGGGUUUUUCUUCAGUGUGCGUGCAGCUACUGCCCGGGUUAUUGUCAACGUUCAGGUCAAAAACGCGGCCUUCUAUAAGGAGGGCCCUCUUGAACUGUUGGCUGACCACUAG